GAGAGCAGUAAGACUGGAGGACUGCUUGGUGCGGUGUACUGGAGUAUCCUGGUGUGUGUUGGGGUGUGUCUGUGUGCGCGUGUGUGUGCUGGAGUAUCCUGGUGUGUGUGUGUGUGCGUGUGUGUGUGUGUGCGUGGCGAGCUUUGGGGUGACGUGGUGUGUGUUCAGGAGUGUUUGAGUUUAAAUAAUGCUCUUAUACUGGCUACUGAUCGUCCUGACUAAAAGCCUGAGCUCAGUAUCUCUGAACGUGACGGUGACUCCUGGGCCAGUGCUGGUGUGUGUGGAGGGGGAGUCGGUGGAGCUGGGGUGUGUGGUGGGGGGUCGACGGGGGAAGAGCAGCGUGGUGGUGCUGCGCUGGGUGGUGCAGCCGCAUCUCCACGACGACGGUCAUCAUGCCACCGACCACGACGGCAACCACACCCGCGCUGAGGAAGAGGAGGAGUUCCUAUUGGUCAAGCUGAACGUCCGCGGGGCGGAGUUCUGGGGCAACUACACACAGCGCUCCGGAAGCCCCUCCGUCUACAAGCUUCGCCAUGACAACCCAGGCCACGCCUACAGCCUGUUGCUUAGCAACAUGACGCGAGCGCAGAGCGGGCGCUACAGCUGCCGAGUGCAGGAGGUCCGUAAACAACGGAACCGCUGGAGAGCCGUCGCUAACGGGACCGCAUACACACUGCUCAGAGUGCAUGAUGUGGCGGACACAAACAGAGUGGUCAGCAUCUGGCGUCUGUUUCAAGACCUGUACCUGUGUGCAGCUCUCCUGUGCUGUGUGGGCCUGGUCUCCAUGUUUCUAUUCGCCAUUGUCAUGUGCUGUCAGCAGAUCACACGGCCACCGCACUCCAAAGACAGCUACUCCCUGGUGAAGUGCCCGGACAGCAGCUCUGGGGAGACCGUAACGAGUGAGAUAAGUGCUGGCAGUACCGAGGGUAAAAGGGGGUACUCCUGGGGCAGUGACCCCUCUGCAAGGCCACACAGGAAACAGAAGAGACACAAACACCACCCUCCUGACCCCCUGGACGCACCCCCUCUGGUCCCUGCUAAAGCUCCCCGCAAACCACGCAGAACCAAACUUCUCAAGGCCCAGCCACGGAGAACAGCAGUGGUGGUGGAUGACAGUCUGACGUAUGCAGAGCUGGAGCUAGUGAAGGCCAAGCCUCUGCCCCAACCAGAGCCGACCGCAGACAGCUCAGGGACCGUCUACGCCCAGAUCCUCUUCCCCUGACCACCGUCUACUACACCCAUAUCCUCUACACCUGACCACCGUCUACUACACCCAGAUACUCUACACCUGAUGCCCAGAUACUCUACACCAUGAUCAGUCCAAGGCUUGACCAGGUGGAUCGAACACAGGAGUGUGUGUGUGUAUGUGGCUUUUGGCUUAGGACACUGCACACACACAAAAAUGAACCUACUUCUUUAUAAAUGAACUCUUUAUUUAUGAAUACAUGUUACCACUCUGUGUGUGUGUGUGUGUGUGUGUGUGUGUGUGUGUGUGUGUGAAGAAUAUUUUGUACCAGGUCUUGUAACAGACCCCCAUACUGACCAGCUGUGCUGUAAUAUUGAGCUUGAUUACUUAAUUGAUUGGAGGACAAAUGAAGCUCUUUAAGGAGGUUUCAACCCUGCGGUUGGAGACUGGACCACGAUUGACCGCGAAGGGUCGCGAUGGACCGCGAUGGAUCGCGCUGGACUGCGCUGGCGACGCCUCAUUAACCAGACUUGCUUCUCUGCUUCUGCACAACUCAUCUGGUGCCGUUCUGGCCCUGAUGCGGCCCCGACUCAGCCCUGAUGACUCUCUGAUGAUCAUGCUAGACUGAGGGUGUGUGUGGGUGUGUGUGUGUGUGUG